AUGUCGUUGGCUACUCCUACAGAGCACAAGUGGAUCCUUGGUGACAAGUUCGACCAAGUGUACCCCCAUCUCGAAGGCAUCCAGGCAUUGUGGGAGAAGAAAUGGGCUUUCCCUUGCUCAAAGUCUCUCUACCCCUUCCACGAUGGCAAGUUUGAAGAUUUCGAGCCCGUCUUCAAGACCUUGAUCUCGAAAAACAUCGACUCAGGCUACACCGACGAGUACACUCGCGAAUUCGUCCCAACUGCUGAACAUCUCAUUGAAGAGGCAGACAAGCUGGUCUCCUCAAACGGGGAUGCUGCCUCAGCUCUUUACCUUCGUGCCUGCACCGUCUACCGAAUCGCCCGUUUCCCUUACAUCAACUCGGACUACAAACGCGAAAUCUACGAGGCACAAAAGAAGGCAUACAUCAAGGCUGCUAGCCUCUGGAGUUGCCCAAUCGAAGAUGUCACCAUUCCUCACACAGCAGCAACCUCGGCUGAUGCUGACUCUGUGCCUCUCUAUGUACGCUUGCCCAAAGAUGCCUCGAAAUCGAAGCCUUGUCCUGCUGUCCUGCUCAUGUGCGGACUCGAUGGACACAGACCAGACAACACAACCCGAAGUGACGAAUUCCUGGCUCGAGGAUGGGCUUCAAUCAUUGUCGAUAUCCCUGGUACUGCCGACUGCCCUGCAGACAGAAAAGACCCUCAGGCUGCUGAGAGACUGUGGACAACCAUCUUCGAUUGGAUGGCAGGACAAGGAGUCUUUGACAUGAAGCGUGUUAUUACUUGGGGCCUUAGUGCUGGAGGCUACAACGCAGUCCGCGCAGCACACACUCACUCUGACAGACUCGCUGGUGCCAUCGGCCAAGGCGCAGGAACCCACCACUUCUUCUCGCGUGAGUGGCUCGAGAAGGCUCAAUGCAAAGAAUACCCCUGGAACGCUCUACCCGCCUUGACAGAAAAAUUUGGCUACGAGGACCACGAUGACUUUAUGGACAAUGCCCAAGAGACUUGGUCACUUGUCAAGACUGGUGUUGUUAACAUGAAGAGUUGUCGAUUGCUGCUUAUCAAUGGAACAAUUGAUGGUUUGAUGCCCAUUGAAGAUUCCAUGCUCUUGAGUGAGUUUGGCUCGCCCAAGGAGAUGAGGUUUGUUAGUCAUCGCUUACACAUGGGUUAUCCCGAGGCCAACAGCUAUGUUUACCCUUGGAUGGAACAAGUCAUGGCUUCUGUGCACUGA